AAUAGAUAAUCUAUUUUUCUUUAACACAAUCAUCACAAGUCUAAUAAACUUUUUUUUUCUUUUUAAACCUGUACCUUCUGUCUUAGAAUUGAUACCAGGUAUCAGUUUCAAGGCAGAGUAUGGUUAAGGGCUAGGUACUUGGGGUUAAGUGACUUGACCAGGAUCACACAACUGGGAAGUGUCUGAGGCCAGAUUUAAACUCAGGACCUCUUGUCUCCAGGUCUAGGUUUCUACCAAGUGUUGAAUUUCAUGAGCGAGGAAAGAACCAUAAGGAAAAUGUGGCCAAAAGAAUCAGUGAGAUUAAACAAAAAAGCCUAGAAAAGGCAAAAGAAGAAGAAAAAACAUCAAAGGAGUUUGCAGCAAUGGAGGCAGCUGCCCUUAAAGCAUACCAAGAGGAUUUGAAAAGGCUUGGAAUCAGUUCAGAUGUUACAGAAUCUAACACACCACAAGUAACCAACACCGCGCCAUCCAUCUCAGUAUCAAGUCAGAAGAAAGAAAAGAAAAAGAGGAAAAAAGACCUUUCCAAUAUAAAUGCAGUAGGAGCUGCCAAAUGGGUAGAAGGCAUGUCUUCUGAGGGUUACCGUUACUAUUAUAAUACCAUUACAGGAGAAUCUCAGUGGGAAAAACCUGAAGGAUUCCAAGGAAAAUUUAGUAAGAAAACAGCAAUGCCUCUCUGGAUAGAAGGCUUAAGUGAAGACGGUUACACAUAUUAUUAUAAUACAGAAACGGGUGAAUCCAAAUGGGAGAAGCCUGAGGAUUUUGUUUCACAAGUUGGAGAUCCUCUUUCUAGUAAUAGUAGUGAAGCACUUGGUACCCCAGCGGAAACAAAGUCAUCUGAUUCAGACAGUGAUUCCAGUGAAAUACAAGAAACAAAAAAGCAGGAAGAAGAGGAAAAAUCAGAGACCUCUACAGAAGUACAAAAGCCAAAAAUAAAAUUUAGGAAAAGAACUAAAAAUGAUAAUAUUGAAGAAACUGAACCUGAAUCAAAGAAGGAAAAAAGUGAUGAAGAUCAGGAACAAGACUCAUCAGGUUCAGUAAAAGAAAAACCCAAAUCUCCUAAGAAGCCAAACCCUUAUGGGGAAUGGAAAGAAAUUAAGGAAGAGGAUAAUCACUAUGAGAAGGUGGAUUUGGAACUUCCAAGUACAGAGAAUGAAUACAUAGGAGCUCCAGUUGCUGAUAUGAGUGGGGACCCAAAAGUGACAUUUAAAGAAAAAACAGUCACUUCUCUCGGAGAUGUGGCAGAAGGAGUAGCCUCGGUCUUUAAAAAGAGAAGAUUUGAUAAUGGAAAAUCUAGAAAUUUAAGGCAGAGAGGAGGUGAUCAAUAAUUGUAAUUUUAUAAUAAAAAGCAGUGUCUGACCACUUUUGAACUUUUUUGGACAGGAACAGCCUCUAACUCUGUAAACUAUUUUUUGUUCAUUUUUAAUGAUUUAGAUACUAAGAAUGUAGACUUAUUCUUAACUGUACUAGAAUGUGAAUUGUAAUAAAUAUUUUUUAUUUUUAUGUGAAUCCUAUUUUUGUUCUUAAAAUGGGAGUCCAUUAUGUUGCAUUGUUUAUGCAGUGUGUUUAUUGUCUUAAAUUUCUUAAUUAUGUCAUCAUAAUUGAAGAUGCUAUGUAUCUGUUAUUUAUAAUAUGUGAAAAACAAAUCAGCUACUACGUCCUCAUAUAAAUGAGCAUACCUAUUA